AUGCCUGUGAAGAAGACCCUCAAGCCAAUGCUGAAGCUGCCAACCAGUGCCCAGCUUCUCAGCAAUGUGAUCAAGAUUAUCAACAUCAUGGUCUCUGCCAUUGGCAAGCUGAAUUUCUUGGUCACAAAAUACGUGGAUGAGGAGGAGAAGGAGGAGGAGCUGGAGGAGGAGGAUGCCAAUGAGUUUUUUGGCGAUCUGCUGGACAAUUUCUUGAAGCACCACUCUGCUGUUGCAUCUAGCCCUGCUUUGGCAGAAGAGGAGCAGUCCAUCAAGGUGGAGCCAAGUCCCGCCAAAGGGAAAGCAGUGGCCACUGUCACCAUGCACACCGGUUUGUGCAACAAAAAUGCAGCCACCCCAAAGGUUGAACUCUUCAUCCUGGAGACCCUGGAGCCUGAGUCCUGUGUGCCCACUCCAACAGUCAAAAAGAAGAAGGCUGCUCCCAACACCGUCAAGGCCAAAAAGUGGGAGAGGGAGGGUGACAAGGGUGAGCCUGGGCCAUUGCAUAAGUGGUCCUGCCUUCCUGAGGCCAAAGUCAAACUGCCAGUCACACCACUCGGUAUGGCAGAGCACAAGAUGCUGGAGCUCCGGAUGAGUCUACAAAUGGCGCAGAAAGCAGUGAACACUGCAACAGGCUGGGCAGAUCAAGUCCAGACUCUCCUGGGGAGGGCUCUGGCUGAGUAA